AUGAGACUGGCAAACCGCAGCAUUGAUGAGUUGAACGAUGCCAACGACAAACUGGAAGAAGAGCUGGAAGGGUUACAGACGAGCACCAAGACCAUUGCUGAGCUGAAUGCUGUUAAUGACCAACUGACAGCAGAGAUUCAAGAGUUACAAACCUUACAAGCUGAUCUGAACACCCGGCCCAACUCAGGACGUAACCUUACUGCAACCCAACCCCACAUAGUGUGUUUCAUGCCUGACCAAGCUUCCACAAGGUCCAACCUGGCCAUCACCGAACCCAACCUUGUGUGGUUGGAACCAGACAACGUUUUACCUAGGAAAGUGGAGAACCUGGAGAAAGAGCUUAAGAGGUUAACGGAGUCCAAAGACAAGGAAGAGUCUUGUAACAAAAGGCUACUUGGGGAACUGGAGGAAGCAGACAUAAAAUUGGCAAGGACAGAGCUCGAGAUUGAAGACUUAAAGUGCAAAUUGGCGAUUCUUGAGUCAGGCGGCUUCUGGUGGCACGGACCUGCGCAUGCGGAUUCGGAGAGUGAUACUGAGUCUAUCUGUUCCACUGACAGCCUAGACGACGGCUUUCUAUCCGGGACCAACAAACCAGACAACGUCAGAAGUACCAGGAGUAUUGCAGUAGGUACAGAGGACAACGAGACGGACAGCUUCGAACAUCAAGCCAUGAUCAAAUGUCAAUCUGAAAUGGAAGCUGCAAACAUAAAGUAAGAGCUGCUGUUAAAAACUUUGGAAGGCUUCGUUGCCAAAAGUUCUGUGUGGCAAACUGUUUGAUAUUAGGCCAGUCUUUAUGUCAUUUCCUUGGUUUUCUGACAUUUAAAAAAAUAGCAAGUGGUCAAGAUGAAAUCAGAGCACUGGAGUGAAAGAUUGAAUCUGUUUGUACAUCUGA